AUGCCACCACAAGGACCUGCUGAAGAAAACCAGCUCAAUGUACAGGGCUACAACAUUGUCACCAUUUUGAAGCGUUUGGAGGCUGCCACGUGCCGUUUGGAGGAUAUCACCAUCUUCCAGGAGGAAGCCAACAAGGCCCAGCCAUUAACCCGUGACUCUGUUUCAGAGGCCUUGUCGGCACCUUCUCUGAGUGACGUGUCUGAGGUUUCUAAAAGUGCUGUCACUUCGACUGAACCACACCCGGUUAAGACUCCAGCUGAUGCUGCCCCUGCCAAGUUUGUCACUGCGUUUGACGAGUUCAUCAAGUCUCACAUUGUCCCAUUCGUGACGCUUUCCAAGGCAAUUGACCAGGCUGUGGGUGCUGCUGCUGCGGAACUCUGCGCAGCUUUUGUUGAAGAGGGUAAGUUCUUGGGUCUUGUCGCCCAGACAAAGAAACCUGGUAUGGAUGACGCCAGCUUGCAGAAGGCUUUGGAGCCUAUCAACCUUCACAUUUUCAACAUCUCCCUUUUGAAGGACCUGAAACGUGGCACCAAAACUUUCAACCAUUUGAACACUAUCAGCGAAGGUGCUCCUGUGUUGGGCUGGAUCGUGUCUGGCACUCCACUUUCUUUCGUUCCAGAGUACAAGGACAGUGCUAGAUUCUGGUCUGACCGUAUCAUGAAGGAAUACAGAGACAAGAACGAGACGCAAGUCGAGUGGGUGAAGGCUUUCUUGUCGAUUUUCGACGACUUGCGUCUUUAUGUCAAGGAACACCACUUUUCUGGUGUUGCAUGGAACCCUCAAGGAUCUAGUUUGGAGGAAUCUUUGGCUGCUGCUGUGGCUGGAGCCACUAACAAGAGCAGUCCUGCCAGCAGCGGUUCUGCUCCUCCACCUCCUCCUCCACCUGCUCCACCUGCAAACAUCUACGAAGACUCCUCUUCCAAGCCUAAAGACACUUCCUCUUCAGGCGGUAUGAAGGCUGUCUUUAGCGACUUGAACAAGGGUGAAAACGUCACUUCUGGCCUUAAGAAGGUUGAAAAGUCUCAGAUGACACACAAGAAUCCAGCAUUGAGACAGGAGGGUGUCACCAAGAAGCCUGCUCCACCUAAGAAGCCAACCAACUUGUCUUCAUCUUCAAGCGGCACCAUCAAGAAGAACAAGCCUCCUCGUGUUGAAUUGGUUGACGGUGCCAAGUGGAUCAUUGAGAACUUGAACUCUGAGAACACCAAGGAACCAGUUGUCAUUGACGCUGAAAUGCAGCACUCUGUUUUCAUUGGUAACACCGACGGCGUCACCGUGCAGAUCAACGGUAAGGGUAACGCUGUGUCGUUGUCUGAAACAAGAAACACUGGUGUUGUUGUUCAUUCUUUGAUUUCUGGUGUGGAUGUGAUCAAGUCUGUGAAGUUUGGUUUACAGGUGACUGGUCUUGUGCCUCUUAUCACCAUCGACAAAUCUGACGAGGGUAACAUUUACCUUUCAAAGGAUUCUGUUGAAAAUGACAGCUCUGUUGUUACCAGUAACACCACGGCACUCAAUAUCAACGUGCCUACCGAAGAGGACUACGAGGAGUUGGCGGUGCCUGAGCAGUUGCAACACUUUGUGAGAAACGGUAAGCUCGUGAGUGAAGUGGUUGAACACGCUGGAUAG